AGUCAGUUUCACUGGUCAUUAUAUGCGCAUAUACUCACUGAAAUGUGUAGAGUUUGCAUGGAAUUCCAAGGACGAGGUGUUACAAUAACUGACCCAAGAUACCAACAAUACUCGACACGUCUUCAAUCAAACCUUGCAUGGCUGGCAGCAGCUGCAGAUCAGAGCCGCCAAGGGAAUCAAAAUAGCAUGCAGUUACCCACUAUGGACCCCCCUUCAGCGAACGAUCUCGUUCCCAUUACCCGUAUUCAACAAAUAUACGCUGAGUUGCCCACGCUAUUUUCCAAAGACAUCAAAAGAAGACAGCAGAUGCUUGCGCAACAGCAGAAUGCCGGUCCUGCUCCGAAUAACCUAAAUCUAAAACGAGACCGGUCAGAGGAUGCGUUUGGGGACAUGAUGAACAAACGCAGAGAUACCGGCGAGAGCAAGGGCAUGAUGCGACCUCCGUCAGGGCCGCCAAGUGCCAAUCAGAACCCCUUCCCUAUGACCAACGGCACUCAUCUCCAGUCCACGCCUUCCCUUCCAUUAUCCGAUCCUUCGCUAACGGCGACCCCUGGUCUGGCAAAUAUUAACGAUGCUGAAGUGGCUGCUGCAAACCGAGAACGCGCACGGCAGGCACAGAUACGGGCUGCUCAGUUGCUGCAGCAGCAGCAGCAGCAGCAGCAGCAGCAACAACAACAACAACAACAACAACAACAGCAACAGCAAGCAGCAGCCCGACAGAUGUCGCCGCCUUCCUCUACACCUGUCCCGCCUAAUCCCAUGCAACAGCCCCAACAGAUGAUGCAAAACGCCGUCCCGGGUCCCUCGAAUCUAUCCGCGAACGGCAAUAAUCCCUUGGCGUCGAUGCCACCUCAAUUCCAACAAGCCUACAAUAUCCUCCAAAAUCCCCAACACCCCUUCACGCAAUACAUGGUUCGCAACGUCCCCAAUUUCACACAAAUGCCUGUGCAGCAACAGUUGCAGCGGAUGAUCAUGACUCAGAGUGCUAUGCAAGCCAAGCAACAAGAACAGAACCAGCAGCGAAGUGGUGUACAGAUGCAGCAGCAGCAGAUGACUGGAAUAUCAAAUCCAAUGCAGGCUAAUGGACCAAUGCCGGGUGGACCGUUUCCGGGGCAGACAAGUCCAGUUUCGCCUCAGGCACAGUCGUCUCAGAUGGCGAAUCCUAUGUCAAUGGGCCCUGGAACGAUGAAUUCACCGCAGAUCCCUGGUGGGGUUAUGAAUAUGAACAAUAUGAAUCUAAAUCAGCGACAGUUCAUGCUCAUGCAGCAACAACAACAGCAGCAGCAGCAGCAGCAGCAGCAGCAGCAACGCGUCAAUAUGCAGCAGCAGCAGCAACAGCAGGCUAUGCUCCAGGAGCGAUUUCGGAUGGAGCAAGAGCGGAUGAACCAGCAAAGGCUACAGGCACAGCAGCAGCAAAUUAACAACUCGCCGCAUGUAGGCCCUCCGAUGGGUCUUCCGAGCGGCAGCAAUGACAAUUUUCCCGCGCUGCGUUCAAAUUCCACGAUACCGGGGAUCGCACGGAGUACGAGGUCUCCUUCGGAUGGUGCGCCUUCGCCUAUGACGCCACGGAUACCACAGAGGGGUGCGUCGGUAGGACAGGAGGAUUUCCAGAGGAUGAUGAUGCAGCAGCAGCAACAGAAUCAGCAGCGGGGGAUGCCACAGGGAUUUAACCCACAGCAGAUGCAGCAACAGCAGCAGCAAACGCACUGGCAACAACAGAUGGUAGGACCUAACCAGGGCUUUGGGAUGUCGCGACCACCGAGUGCUGGAUUUGGUGUGCCCUCUCCGCCUGGUGGUGGUAAUUGGCAACAGGGAGGAGGUGGUGGGACAUACCCUUUCGCACCGUCACCAGGAUCCCAUUCCGAUUUAGCCCAUACGCCUCGACACAUGUCAGCGACGCCAGUACCUCAGCAGAUGCAUUCUCAAAAUAACACACCGACUGUGGAUCCGACCCUUCCGACCGACCUUGACUUGUUCAACUGGGCGCAGUAGAACACGUUGCCUUUUUUCCCCUCCUUCGUUCAUGAUUUUAUCUGCUUUUUAUCACGUUGCCUGUGUUUUUAUUAUCGUGUUCAGAUGAUCCCCACUCUUGAACGUUCUAUUCUUACCUACGGCACCUUUUGUUCUUUUUUUCCCCCGA